AUGAAUUUAAAAGAAGAAGGUGAAGAAAAAGAAAGAGUGGUGAGAUCAUUAUUCAAAAACAAGUUAUUGGUUAGACACAUUGUAUCAUUUAUACCUUUGAUCAAUGAUGCCUAUCGAGUUGGAGGUAGUCAUGGUGUAGUAGAGACAAUCAAAUACAAUGAAAUGACAAGUAAAUCUGUAUCAUUUCUACGUUAUUGUAGGCUAGAUAAUGAAGAUGAUGAUGAUGAUUUAAAGGUCAAUAAUGAUAGUAGUACAACUAUGAAUAGUAUUAAUACACAAAUUAGUAGAAUAGAUCAUUAUAAAAAGAGAUUGGAAAGACAGAAACGUUCAUUUAAUGUGUUUAAAGACAAGUUGAUGUCUGUGAAUCUUGUACAUGUAGAAUCUGACUUUGUCAUUUACUUUAGAGCAUUGCCAAGGUUACUUAGGAAUUGUAAAGAUGUAGUUGUAUUGGAGCGUAUUCAUUACUUGUAUCCACAUUACUUUAAACUACCACUAUACACUAGUUUAAAUGAACGGUAUGCAACAACUACAACACCAUUGUUGGAAAGAGAUAAUGCAAGGUGGUUACCUCAGAUACUUGGUGAUUGCUUUGGAUCGGUUAGUUGGGUAUUGGACAACACAGUUGCUAGUGGUAGCUUAGAUUGUGUGCGUUAUGUGGUUGAUACUAUUGGCGUACGACCAACUAUGACAACUGUAGAGAUGGCGUGUCAGUGUGGUCAUAUAGAGAUACUCACCUAUCUUUUGUCAUCUGACACGUCCUUUCCUUAUCUCAUGGUCGGUGUCGGCGAUAGAUGUUUCGAGUUGGCUACGAUCUUUGAACACAUUCAUAUUGUACGAUAUAUUUUGGAGUCAUGUCCAUCUGCCAAAUAUACAAUCACAGUUGUCGAGAAAGCAGUGGCUGGUCGGUCGGUUGAAUUGGUGCGAUUACUAUUAGAGCACAGAGACACACGUUUGGAAGGUGGUGUCGAUAUACUAUUGACAAGUCCGAUUGUUUAUGAUGCCGUGUCAUCAGGGUCACUUGAAAUGGUCGAGUUGGUGUACUCUCAGAUCUGCCUUGGCGGCAACACCGUAUCGUUGGCUGCCAAGGCAUUGGAUCGUGCUGCAGAACUUGGGUAUCUCGACAUUGUCGAGUACUUGGACAAGAUAGGUGCACCUGCUUCAACAGCCGCCAUGAACCUUGGUGCAAAGAAUGGCCAUUUAAAUAUUGUACAAUAUUUGAACGACCAUCGUAAAGAAGGGUGUACUGCCGAUGCUAUGGUCAAGGCUGCGGCAGGAGGACAUCUUUCAGUGGUCGAAUAUUUACACAAUACUCGAAGAGAAGGUGCCAAUGCGCUAGCCAUCCACUAUGCGGCACUCGGUGGGUUUAUAGAUGUAGUCAAAUUCCUUCAUCGUAAUCGUACAGAGGGAUGUCUGGACAACACGGUUGCCGAAACAGUCAAAAUGGCGCGUGGAGACUCUAUCGGCAUGGCUUGGUACUUGCUAGAGAACCAGAUACUGCCCAUGGGGAUGGUCACGCGUGACAGUCAUGCCGUCUUUUCCAAUUUAAUAGACCCGCUCUGUCAAAUUGGUAGUAUCGAGCUGUACGACCACGUUAUCGACAUUGUUCUCAAAGGAUAUGUCAUCGAACAACACAUGUUUCGCCAACACAUCCUCGCAGCCAGUCAACACCUGCACAUGGUCAAAUACCUGCUCACCAAAGCACCAGCCUCACAAAAGGUACCUAGUUUGUACUCGUGUAUUCUGAAUGCCACCAAAUCGAUUGAUGUCGUCACCUAUAUCGCUCCAAUCUGGACACGUGACCUUGCCUCGGCGAGUUGGGCAACACACUACUUUAACGAAGUGAUUAUCGCACGUGACCGAGUUGAUAUACUCGCCUAUUUCGACUCUCUUCCCUUGCUGACCACCGACAAUCACUACACUCUACUCGUCGACCAAGCUUGUAAAAUGUCGGCCAUCAAAUGCUUCAAGUAUCUUCACUACUCGGGAAAGAUGGUCAAUAUCUCGCCCAACGCUAUGGGGUUUGCCGUGCGUAGUGGAUGUCUCGAGAUUGUCCAAUACCUUGGCACGAUUUACAAACAAAAAUGUAAAGAGAAUUGGCUCAAUCAAGCAGCCAAGGGAGGACACUAUGAAGUAUUACAAUACAUAUUCACCCACGAUGCCUAUGACAAGGAUGAAUGUACAUCAUCGAUCAUCGAGAAUGCUGCCAAGUCACAAAAGUUUGAAGUGGCAUCACUGGUCGUCCACCAAUUCCCACAUCUUUCAUGUCCCUACCAAGCAUUUGAAAGUCAAACCACAAAAGAGAUUGCUCAAUUCCUUGUCAAUCAUUAUCAAAGUAAUCAUCUAAAAUUACUAGUCAACAAAUUAUAUCAAGGUCCAUCAAAAAUUUUAGGUUUAUUAAUUAAAGAAAAAGAUGGUGAAAUCAUUUUAAAUAAUAAUAAUCAAAAUAAUCAAAAUAAUCAAAAUAAUCAAAAUAAUAAUCAACAACAACAACAAACAAAAGAGAAAAAGAAAUCUAAAUUUAAAAGAUUUUUUAAAAUAAUAAGUCCUACUGCCAUUCCUUUUGCUUACUUUUUAUGGAAAAGGGAGGAGGAAGAUGAGGAAGAAAAGAGAAAACGUUCUGACAGACAGACAGAAUGA